AUGGGCAUAGUUGAGCAAAUAGCUGAGGUAAAGACUGAGAUGGCACGUACCCAAAAGAACAAGGCCACAGAGCAUCAUCUAGGACGCCUGAAGGCCAAGCUUGCGCGACUGGAGAGUCAGCUCAUCAGCGAGGUCACAAAGAAAUCUGGAGGAAAGGGGUCUGGAUUUGAUGUUGUUAAGCAGGGACAAGCUAGAAUUGCACUCGUUGGGUUCCCAUCUGUGGGGAAAAGCACCUUUCUCACGCGGUAUACCAACGCGGAGUCUGCAUCAGCAGCCUAUGAAUUCACCACUCUUACCUGUGUUCCAGGCACGAUGGAGAUAAAUGGAGCGCCAAUACAGAUUCUUGACCUCCCAGGAAUCAUCGAGGGGGCCGCCACGGGCCUAGGGAAAGGACGACAGGUGAUUGCAACCGCUAGAACAGCAGACGCCAUAAUAAUGAUGCUUAGCGCAUGCAACGCAGUCAAGGAGAGGCGGAUCCUUACAAAGGAGCUAGAGUCUAUGGGAAUCCGUCUGAACAAACGCCGACCAAGCAUUGAACUACGCCCAGCCUCAAUGGGGGGUAUACAGGUGCUUUCGGACAAUGUAUUGACCGUCCUAGAUCACGACACAAUACGGGCCACUCUUGCAGAGUAUAAAAUCCACAACUGUCAGGUGCUUCUCCACUGCGAUGCAACCGUCGAUGACCUAAUUGACGUAGUAGAGGGCAACAGAGUUUAUAUGCCGUGUAUCUACGCUAUCAACAAAAUUGACAUGGUAAGUAUUCCCGCUGCCGAGUACUAUGCAAAGCAGCCGGACACCGUUGUUAUUUCAGCAGAGUGCGAUCUCAAUGUCGAUUACCUGAAGCGAAUUAUCUGGCAGCGGCUGCAGUUAGUACGCAUCUAUACCAAGAAGCGGAACUGUCCGGCAGAUCUUAGUCAAAAGGAAGCGGUUUUUCUCAAACAAGGAGAUACAGUCGAGAAGCUUUGUGCAAAUAUUCACAAUGAUAUGGUAUCCAAUUUUUCGUAUGCAAUGGUGUGGGGUAGAAGUGCCCAACACUGUCCUCAGCGAGUCGGAAAAGACCACAAGCUAGCCGACGAAGACGUUGUCCAGAUAGUUUUGAGAAAAUAG